AGCUCAACAAGAAUAUUAAAAUGACCCCACCUUAUCCAUCUAAAUUCCAUUACCAUAUGCUACUUGCUAGCUUAAAGUUGACAAAAAUUCCAUUUCAUCACAAGCCAUACUUCUUACAAAUAUCAGCUCCUUGUUAUCACAACCAAAUUCCAUUUUCACCAGCCUCACAGCCAGAACAUAUAGAACUCCACCAGACCAUAACAAAAAAAAAAAAAAAGAUGGCUGAUGCAAUUGUAGCUGAUCUAGCUAGCGGACUAGUCUGCAAGUUAGUUGCACUUGCAACUGAAGAAGUUAUUCAGGCUUGGAAGCUUCAUCAAGACCUCGAGACACUACGCGAGAGACUGGAAUCUAUUGAUGCUCUCUUGUCCGAUGCUAACAACAAAAAACCAACCAUGUCUGCUGUCCAAAAUUGGUUCAACAAACUCGAAGCUGUUGCUCGUGUUGCUGAUGUUUUCAUGGAUGAACUUGCAUAUGAGGUUACUCGACACAAGGUGGAAAAACAUCAUAAAGUACGAAAUUUUUUCAUUCCCUCUAAAAACACCUUAUUAUAUCGUUUCAAGGUGGCUCGCAAGAUCAAGUCUAUUGAUACUUCAUUUGACAAAUAUUUUAAAUGGGCGCUUGAUCUUGGACUUCAGCCAGUAGCACAUUUAGGUUCGAUUGUGCAACGUAGAGAGAUCCGCAGGACCCCACCUUUUGAAGAUGAAUCUAAAAUAGUUGGAAGAGAUGAUGAUAUAUCAUAUUUAGUUCAGACAUUGUGCAAAAAUCAUGAGGAGGAUUUACCGGUUAUUGCUAUAGUAGGGAUGGGAGGUCAAGGAAAGACGACUCUGGCUCGGAUGGUUUACAACAGAGAUGUUGUCAUUGAUAUGUUCCCGAAAAGGAUGUGGAUUACUGUAUCAAAUGAUUUUGAUUUCAUGAAGAUAUUGAAUGAAAUGAUAGUGUCACUCACAUCAGUCAAUUCCGUGUUGGGAAAUACAGAAGGGCUCAUCAAAGAUCUGCAGAAGAAUCUAAAGGGGGAAAAGUUUUUACUUGUACUAGAUGAUAUCUGGAAUGAAGAACCAGAGGAGUGGGAUAACUUGAUGAAUUCUUUGAUUGGAGUUCAGGGCAUGAAAGGAAGCAGUAUUAUGGUUACCACUCGUAGCCAGGAAGUGGUUGAUGCAUUGAGAUGUUCUCUUUCUUAUCAGGUGGAAAAACUAACAGAUGAAGAUAGUUGGACAUUGUUCAAGCAAAGAGCAUUUUCACGAGGAGGAGUUUCAGAGACCGGAGCAUUUGCAGCCUUGGGGAGAAGAAUGGUGGAAAAGUGUGGAGGCCUUCCUUUGGCGAUAAAAACACUAGGGGGUUUGCUGCACUCAAAGAAGUCUGAGGAAGAGUGGUUGCUGAUCCAGAACAGUGAAAUAUGGAAAUCAGAAGGUGUACUUUCUUCCCUGAGGUUGUCAUAUGAUAAUUUACCUUAUUCAUCUUUGAAGAGAUGUUUUGCAUAUUGUUCAAUUAUACCAAAGGAUUCUCAUAUCUAUAAAGAUGAACUUGUACAUAUAUGGAUGGCUCUAGGAUUCCUUUUGCCUCCUAAAGGUAGCAAUGCGCUAAUGGAAGACGUAGGCAAUGAAUAUUUCAAUAUUUUGCUAUGGAAUUCUUUGUUACAAGAUGUGGAAAGGGAUGAUUAUGGAAACAUUACAUAUUGCAAGAUGCAUGAUCUCGUGCAUGAUCUUGCACUAGAUGUGUCAGCCAAUUACUAUGCUAAUAUCACACCAAGUCAUGGUUUUAACCAGGUUUCAAAGGCUAUAUAUGCAAGGCUGGAAGGGUUUAAGGCUGUUAAUCAAGAAAUUUCUUCGGUGUACUUCAAUUCUAUACAAGCACUGUACGCACAGGCUAGUGUACUCAGUGUCGUGUUACCCAACCUAAAGCAACUGAGAGUGUUGGUUUUGAACUCGCAUUAUAAAGAGUUGCCAAGUUCAAUGGGGAAUAUGAAAUUCCUUAAACAUCUUGAUAUCUUAAGUUCUGUCAGAUUCAAGAGCUAUAAAUUGCCAAAUUACAUCACGAAACUCUACAACUUGCAAACUUUGAGGAUUUGGGCGUUAAAUGAGCUUCCAGAAAAGGUCUGCAACCUUAUUAACUUGAGGCAUCUUGUUGUUCAGAAGAAAUAUGCAGAAGAGUUAUCCACAAGAUACAUGUUUAUUGGGAUACAAAGAUUAACAUGUCUUCAAACACUGCCUCAUUUUGUUGUCAGUAGAAAACGAAAUUGUCUCCUUAGCCAACUGGAAGGGCUAAAUCUUGGUGGUACACUUGAUCUCUAUGGUCUUAGUGAUGUGUCAAAUAUGGAGGAAGCAAGUAAAGCAAAGCUUUGUGAAAAAUCUAACAUUCAGUGUUUACUCUUAGACUGGAGCAACAACGAAGAUGAAAGGGAAGGCAAAGAAUACAACGACGAGGAUGUGAUUGAAGGAUUAAGACCUCACACAUAUUUGAAAGAAUUGUCAGUUGUCUCCUUUAAGGGACGGAAAUUUGCAUCGUGGAUUACAAUGAUGAUGAACUUGGUGAAAAUCACAUUGAAAGAUUGCAACAAUUGUGAUGCAUUUCCACCAUUGAGUCACCUUCCUAAACUGAGGGAGAUUCUAAUAUUUGGGAUGCACAAUGUCAAAGUUAUCGGAAGAGAUUUCUGUGGAGGUCUAGCUAGCACUAGUAGUGGUUUGAGUGACAGUGGGUCUGUAAAAACAGUUGCAACAAUGUAUCCAUCAUUAACAACACUCGUUCUACAAGGUUUGUCAAACCUAGAAGAAUGGCUGGAACCAAAUAUCUCUACUGGCGAUGAAGGCCAAAAUAUGGUGCCAGUAUUUCCAAAACUUGAGGUACUGAAAAUUGAGCGUUGUUCAAAGUUGAGAAUGAUUCCGAAUACCCUGUUUUUAUUUUCUAAACUUAGGGAGUUGGUUAUCACAAAUCUGGACAGUAGUGAGAUCCUAGAAACAAUGAGCAGGAAGAUUAGCUCUCUAGUGAAUUUACGACUGAGGAGUAUCAGGGACAGAAAUGGAGGCUCUUCAUCAAAUGUGUACUAUCUAAUUGAGGAGCUCUUGAAAACCAAUUCUUUGUCUCUGAAAACUCUGAACCUAGAUAACUGCCCGGGCUUGAAAUUUCUGACCAUUGGUAUAGUUCUUGAGGAACUAGAAGUGAGUGAUUGCCUUAAUCUAACUAGCAUUAAUGUAGUUGAAGGUGGCCUAAAACAUCUUAUUAUUGGGAGAUGCCCCUCUCUUUCAGAAUUAGUAUUUGUCCCUAGUACAAGGUCAAGACUUGAAAAAAUGAUAUUAGGUCCCUUCUCGGAGGACCUAAACGAAUUUCCCUGGCCCUCCUUCUCUUCUGUAUUUUCGUUUCCUAAACUGACCUCACUGACCCUGUACGGUUGGAAGAAGGUAAGGUCAAUACUUCUGGAUGGGGAGCUUGAUGAUCGUCUCUCCUCUACGUUCCCUGCAUUGACUCUGUUGUACAUAAAUGAUUUCGAAGGAGUGAAGUCUCUUCCAGAAUCACUGGCAAAGCUUCCAUCUUUUGAGCGGUUACGUAUUUGGAAUUGUAAUAAUUUGAAGAGUUUGCCUGUGUUUCAUGAAUCACAUAGCCUUCAGUACCUGAAAAUAUUUCAAUGUACUAUUCUAGAAGAAAGAUGCAGGAGGGAGAGCGGGCCAGAAUGGUUCAAGAUACAACAUAUUCCUCGCAUACAGAUUGGGCAUGAAUUGAUUUGGAAGCACUGAAAGCUCUCCCAGAUUCUUGGAUGAGAAGGCAAUCAGGCAAACUACAUAUAUUCUUUGUUAAACUAAGAUGGAGAUAUAGUCCAGGGAGUGGCAGAGAAGUUCAGCACUAAAUAUAUUCUAAAAUUAAUCUGUAAGAGUACUUUAACAUACGUUCUCUUAUUAUCUGUAAGAAUGGAUCAAAAGGAAUGUAAUGACAUGUUUUUAUGA